CGCCCCCCAUGCCCCCCACGCCCGCGCUGCGUGCAGGUGAUCAUGGCCACGAACCGCGCGGACACGUUGGACCCGGCGCUGCUGCGGCCGGGCCGCCUGGACCGCAAGAUCGAAUUCCCGCUGCCCGACCGGCGCCAAAAGCGCCUCAUCUUCUCCACCAUCACCGGCAAAAUGAACCUCUCCGAGGAGGUGGACCUGGAGGACUAUGUGGCGCGGCCCGAUAAGAUCUCAGGAGCCGACAUCAACUCCAUCUGCCAGGAGGGGGGGAUGCUGGCGGUGCGGGAGAACCGUUACAUCGUGCUGGCCAAGGACUUCGAGAAGGCCUACAAGACCGUCAUCAAGAAGGACGAGCAGGAGCACGAGUUCUACAAGUGACCGCCAGGGGGCGCUGCGGAGCGCGGCUGGGAUGGGGGGGGGGUGGGGCGACAAUAAAGGACGGCCGUGAGCCGGAGC